UUUUGCAAUACUGAGCUUCGAGCUUGCUUCGGUGAAUUUGUAAGCUGUACAUAUUGCAUUAAUGUACGCCUUGACUGUUGCAAGGCGUCUGUUCCAACCGAGAUUCUCCUCAUUGACUGCCACUCCGGCCAUCACCCGCAAAAUGCAUAUCCAGUCAAUUCCCAUGUGGACGGGAACAGGCGACAACUACGCCUACCUCGUGGUCGACGAUAAGUCCAAGGAAGCCGUCAUCAUUGAUCCGGCACACCCGGCUAAGGUCGCCCCUGUGCUGAAGAAGGCUAUUAAGGACGAUUCAAUCAAGCUCACGGCCAUCAUCAACACCCAUCACCACUGGGACCAUGCCGGCGGAAACGAGGAAAUGUUGUCGCAACUCGGCCAGCCCCUCGAGAUUAUCGGGGGCAAGGACUGCAAGAAGGUGACGAGGACGCCAAAGCAUGGCGAGACUUUCAACAUUGGUAGCAUCGCCGUCAAGGCUCUGCACACGCCGUGCCACACCCAGGAUAGCAUUUGCUUCUUCAUGCAGGACGGUGACGACAAAGUCGUGUUUACCGGAGAUACGCUGUUCCACGGAGGCUGCGGCAGGUUUUUCGAGGGCACCGGCGAGGAGAUGCACAAGGCCCUGAACGUCACGCUGGGCUCGCUUCCCGACGACACUCGGGUAUUUCCUGGCCACGAAUACACCAAGGCCAACGCCGAGUUUGGGAUGUCGGUCCUCCCAAGUGACGCCGUUAAAGCCCUCGAGACAUACGCCAAAAACAACCAAGAAACGCAGGGCAAGUUUACCAUUGGCGACGAGAAGCGGCACAAUGUCUUCAUGAGGCCUCAUGACCCCGAGAUCCAAAAGGCCACAGGUGAGACCGACCCCAUCACCAUCAUGACCAAACUGCGCGAGAUGAAGAACAACUUCAAGUGAG